UCACCGGUCUACAUCCCUACUCCUAAGCUAAAUUGCCGCUUCCGCCAUUCUUCCGUCUGCCGCCACUUUCUGUGUCACUCUCCGGUGACUGACCGUCGGAACCCUAAACUUAAAACCGCCACACGUGGCGACCCACCGUAUAGUCACGUCAUUUCCUUCAAGCUCACGAUUUAGAGGAAUUCGAUUCCGUAUAGAAAUGGGAAACGGAAUUCAAUUCCCGUAAUCCAAACAACAAUUUUUCUAAUCAUAAAUACCAAAAAGUUCAUAUAUAUACAGUAGAAUAGAAUGAGAAUUAUCCGCUUCUGUAAAUACUUUAUGUUAAAUUAAAUGUAUGAAGGGGGCAAGUUGUUGUAAUAAUCCUAUAAGCAUAAGAAUAGCAUCAUCAUCAAUAACAGCCACUUCGAAUACUUUCUCUUCCAAUUUUGAAUCCCAAAAAUGGCUAUUUAAGUCGAAGAUGAGAAUUCCGAAGCGUUCAGUUUCUCUUUGUCUCUCUGUGUUCUCUCCUCCUCACCACCUCAUUUCAUCUCUUUCCAGAAGCUUCCAUUUCAAUUCCGGAAUAUUAAGUUCUAAAAGUUCCGACUAUUUCCCGGAAAGUGGGAAACCAGUUCGUCGUAAAGGUAUUCAUUGGAGCAUAUCUUGGAGUAUAGACUUACACGUUGGGGCAUAAACCUGGUGCUUUGAGUUGGUUUACAAUUGUGAUUAAAGGGAUAGAUCAGUUACAUACAAGUUGUGCAAUGGAUGGUGUUGGUGUAGAUAACAGGACGGCGCUGAUUGAGAAGAGAAAUGGUGCCAAUGGUGGUCAACAAUCCUGCAUAUGGUCAUCUCCCGAAGGAGGGUGUGAAAUUGACAUAGGAAAGCAGAUAUUCUGCAACAGGUCUUUAAACAUGAAAAGUAUUGUUGCUGUUGGCUUUGACAUGGAUUACACCCUGGCGCAGUACAAAGCUGAGACUUUUGAAUCUCUUGCAUAUGAAGGCACUGUCAGAAAGCUAGUCUAUGAUUUAGGAUAUCCUCCAGAGCUGUUGGAAUGGUCAUUUGAUUGGAGCUAUAUGGUCAGAGGUUUGGUUCUUGAUAAAAAGAGGGGAAAUAUAUUAAAGAUGGACCGACACAAAUAUGUGAAAGUUGCUUACCAUGGAUUUAGGGAGAUGUCCAAAGAAGAUAAAGUUGCUACUUAUGGCAAUACCUUGCUUCGGGAUUCAUUUGAUGAACCUGACUAUGCACUUAUUGAUACCCUUUUCUCUCUUGCUGAAGCCUACUUAUUUGCUCAGUUGGUGGACUUCAAGGACAAAAAUCCGGGAAAAGUUCCUGAAAAUGCAGACUACUCUCACAUGUACAAGGAUGUUAGAGCAGCAGUUGAUUUGUGCCACCGUGAUGGGACUUUGAAGCAGAUGGUUGCAAAAGAUCCAAAAAGAUAUAUCAAUGAGGAUACCUCAAUUGUUCCAAUGCUCAAAAUGCUUAGAGAAUCUGGACGUGCUACUUUCCUGGUAACAAACAGCUUGUGGGACUAUACAAACAUUGUUAUGAACUUUCUCUGUGGGCCUACACCUUCAGAUGGAUCAUCUACUUCCCAUUUUGAUUGGCUUCGGUACUUUGAUGUUGUCAUCACUGGCAGUGCAAAACCAGGCUUUUUCCAUGAUGAAAACCGAGCAAAUCUUUUUGAGGUUGAACCUGAGAGUGGCAUGCUUAUUAACACUGAUAAUGGGACUCCUAUGGCACAGGUGGGAAGCACUUCUAUAAGAUUGCCGUUAAAGAGCUUGAAGAAAGGCUGCAGAAUUUACCAGGGGGGAAAUGUUGGCCAUUUGCAUAAAUUACUCUCAAUUGAGUCAAGCUCACAGGUUCUUUAUGUUGGAGAUCACAUUUACGGUGAUAUCUUACGCAGCAAAAAGGUUUUGGGUUGGAGAACAAUGCUUGUUGUUCCAGAGCUUGAGAGAGAAGUUGAACUUCUCUGGGAACUAAGGAACACUCGGAAGCAACUUCAGUUACUGAGGAGUCAGCGUGAUCACAUUGAAGAUGAAAUUCACCAUCUUAAGUGGUCCCUCAAGUCUGAAGAUACUGAUGAUACCAGCAAGGAGAAGAUGUUGUCCGAGCUUGACAAGCUGAAGUCUCAAAGUGAGGAGGUCAGGCUCAGUCAUCAGCAGGCACAACGAGAAUGUCACCAAAAGUUCCACAAUGUCUGGGGACAACUCAUGAAGACCGGCUAUCAGAAUUCUCGCUUUGCACAUCAGGUGGAGAGGUUCGCGUGCCUUUAUACCAGUCAAGUGACAAACUUGAGCCUGUAUUCCCCAGAUAAGUACUAUAGGCCGAGCGAGGAUUUUAUGCCCCAUGAAUUUGACAUCCUCUCUAUUUGAAGAAAUCAUAUCAGCCAGGAGGCGCAGGCAGUGCAUUUUGAAGAAGAGCUUUGCUCAUUCUAACUUUUAGGUGCAUCCACAUCUUUUAUAUAUUGAGUUCUUUGAUUUAAGUCAUCUGGGAAUGCAACCCUUUAAGUUGUACCAACGUAGAAAGUCUUUAUGUUUUGUGGUUAAAUAACUCAAAUGUAUCAUAAUUUGUUUUGUGUUAUCUCAUUUAUGCACUUGCCUGAUUGUGGAUUUGCAUUA